AUGGGUGAGAAGCGCAGAGCAGACGAAAGCGACGAGGAAGAGGUUUACGACAAGGAAAAGGAGGAAAAUGUUUCUGAUAAGGAAGAAGAGGAAGAGGAGGAAGAAGACAAAGACGAGGGGGCUUCUCCAGAAGUACAUCCAAGUGGCAGACCCAAGAGAAGAAAAGUGGCUCCAGUUGCAGAGGAAAGUGAUGAAGACGAUGAUGAUGACGAUGAUGAUGACGAUGAUGAUGAUUCGGAGGAAGAUUCGGAGGAAGAUUCCGAUGAUGAUGACGAUGAUGAUGACAGCGAUGAGGAGGCCGAAGAGCCUGAUGAAGAAGAGGAGGAAGAUGAUGACUAA